AUGGUGGCCUGCCAUAUAGACACCCCAUAUUCGAAAGCUUGGAUUGCACUGCACUGCAGAGAAAAGAAAGAUUUGGCUAAUGGAUUUUUUGAGUCCAACUCCAAGCUCCUAAAGCCCUCAGCAACUAUGCUAGGUGCUGGAGCUUUAGCCUUACACUACUCAAAUUUGAUCAUAGUGAUGGAGAAGAUGAUCAAGUCACCCCAAUUGGUCGGUGUGGAUGCCAGGGAUGAUCUUCAUGCAAUGUUACCAAGCAGUAUACGUUCAAUGCUGAGGGAUAGGUUGAAGGGAUCCACGGGGUUUUCAGCGAGCGAUCUGAUUCUUGCUAGGGAGUGGAGGGAGGCCUUGGGAAGGAUCUUGGGUUGGUUUUCACCAUUAGCACAUAAUAUGAUAAAAUGGCAAAGUGAAAAGAGCUUUAAGCAUCAAACUUUGGUGCCCAAAACAAACAUGAUGCUUCUGCAGACGCUAUUUUUUGUGAACAAGGAGAAGACCAGGGCUGCCAUUAUCGAGCUAUUAGUGGGAUUGAACUACAUUUGGAAGUUCGAGAGGGAGAUGAUUGGUAAAGGCCUAUUCGAAUCCACCAACUUCAAUGGGAUCUUGAAUGCCCUGACACGACGGGUUUAAAGGGUUGCGCUGGUCUAGUUUAGAGCUCCUCCUCCGAUGUGAUAGUCGUACGGUGUGCUUGGGUGGGGUGGGUGCUAAGUGCGAAGGUGUCGAAGUGGAUCUCUCUUCACUGGAGGAAAACACAUACACAAGGGAAAGUGGGAGUUUUGCUUUUAAUAUGCUGUGAUGCAGUGCAGGAGUUUACCGUUCUAAAGAGGAUUGGCUGAUGUGUCAGCAUAGCAUUGGCUGCCGUUAAACUCACAACUUCGGCAUUACCAUUCCAAAGAGGAACUGUAGCUACUAACUUAGUACUUUAGUAUUCAUAAUGACCUAUCUUAAAAUUUUAACAUUUUAUAUGUGGUUAAUGAGUAUUAAAUAAUUUCAUUAUCCAUAAA